AUGCCCGGCCUGCCUACGAUUGGCACGAGCCGGAGGGUGGUUGCGUGCGCGCGCCGAGACCCGGAGCGUCUCCUGAGCGACCUGGCCCCCCCCGCCGGGUGUGGAUCGCGGCCUCCCUCCGGCUCUGGGUCCUGGCGGCGCGAGUCCGCGGCCCGAGUGGCAGGAAGCCGCGGGCUGGGCCGGGCCCACCUGAUGCUGCCGGCUCUCCCCGGGUCCCGGGCCGGUGCGCAGAGCGAGGCGGGCUCCGCGUGCAAGCCGCCAGCCGGUCCUCCGCGUGGCUGCAGCCAGGCCUUUCCCCUGGGUGCACCCCCAGGCUGCGCUCCUUCUCGGCGCCCCUCCCGGGGCGCCCGGGCCGAUGCCGGCCGCCGAGCCGCACCCACUACCCCGCCCCUCGGAGAAGGGCUGGCCGGCAGCAACGUGGCUUGUCAUGUCCACAGCGCCGUGGGGAAGACUUGCCUGCUCAUUAGUUACACCACCAACGCCUUCCCGGGAGAGUACAUCCCCACCGUCUUCGACAACUACUCCGCCAAUGUGAUGGUGGACGGCAAGCCAGUCAACCUGGGGCUGUGGGACACGGCGGGCCAGGAAGACUAUGACCGGCUGCGGCCCCUCUCCUACCCCCAGACCGAUGUCUUUCUGAUCUGCUUCUCCCUGGUGAGCCCGGCCUCCUUCGAGAACAUCCGUGCCAAGUGGUAUCCAGAGGUGCGGCACCACUGCCCCCACACGCCCAUCCUCCUGGUGGGCACCAAGCUGGACCUCCGGGACGACAAGGACACCAUUGAGCGGCUGUGGGACAAGAAGCUGGCACCCAUCACCUACCCACAGGGCCUGGCCAUGGCGAGGGAGAUCGGCUCCGUCAAGUACCUGGAGUGCUCCGCUCUGACCCAGCGAGGCCUGAAGACGGUGUUCGAUGAAGCCAUCCGGGCGGUGCUCUGCCCGCCCCCAGUGAAGAAGCCGGGGAAGAAGUGCACAGUCUUCUAG